AUGUCUAAUUUUUGGAAAGAAAUACAGAACUAUUCAGGAUGCACAGAUUUUGAAUAAUUACAAUAAUAUCUCAAUAUCAUCUACAAAGUAAAUAUAAUAAAAAAAAUUUAGUUUGAAAUUUAAUUAGAAGACUUUUAAACUGUACAUCCAGUAUAUUUAUCAAAAUUAUUACAUUUACAUCAAUUAGCCAUAUAAUAUUAUGAACAUUCUACUGAAGAAUUGAUAGAGUAUGAUAAAUAUAUUGCAAAAUCAACAAUAGAUAUUUCAGAACAAGUAAUCAUUUAAUCAUAUUCUCAGAUUGAAAAUAUAGAAAAAAGACUAAUACAAAGUAAAGUAAAUAUUAAAGCAGCCAAAAAAAAAUUAGGAUUAGAAUUAAAUCAAAAAGAUAAAUUCAUGCAAAAAAUAACAAAUACUUAAUUAAUAUAAUGUCUAUAUUGUGAUAAAGUAGUAACAACAGAUUCAUAAUUUGAUUUACAUAUGUAAUAAUAUCAUAAAAGAGAAUUUAACUAAAAAGAAGUUAAUAUCAUCAAUUAAGCUAUGUAGAAUCAAUUAUUAACAUAGCAAUUAAGUAAUAAAAUUAUCUAAUAAAAUCAACAAAAUUAUUUAGCUUUAAAUUAUUAACUUCUAUAAUUUACUAAAGAAUAAUUAUCAAGAGAAACAACAGACUUUAUUUAAAAUACUUUAGAAGUUAAUUAAAAAAUAAAAAAUAUUGAUUAAACUUAUACUAAUAAAAUUAAAAAUUUAGAAGAAGAAAUUGAAAAUAAAUUAAAAUUAAUAUAACUUAAUACAGAAAAAGAAGAAUAAAUUAGAGAAUAAUAAGUAAAAGAAAAAGUUGCAUCAUUGGAAGAACAUAUUAAAUAAGAAUUUGAAAAAUCAAGAUCUGUAUUUAUGAAAUAAAGAUCAUAAAAUAAAUUAAAGACAAAUACCUUUGUUUAAAGAUCUUAGGAAAGUGCAUUAAGUAAUUCAUAAUUACCUCAUUCUGCUGUUUUUCGAUCAUAAUCUGGUAUACAUAGAGGAUAAACUACUAUGAAUAUCUAAAGUCUUGCUAAUAUUGAAUAAGAUGAAUUAAUUGAAGAUGAUCAAUACAAAAAUCUUGAUUAAUUACAAAUAAAAAAACAAAUUAAAUAAACAUAAAAUUUAGAAUCUUCUUAAUAAGGUCAAAUUGAUUAAUCUUAAUAAUUAUCUGAAUCCUUAUAAGUAAGUUAAGGUCUAAUUAAACCUCCAACAGAUCCUUAAUUAUAAUAAUCAAAAUUCUCUAAGCCAAUUCAGAAAAAGAAUUCAGAAUCUGAAGAAGAUUAAUCAUUUAAUAGGAAUGUACAUCAUUAUAAUAAUGAUGAUAAUAUUGAUUAUAUGGCAUAAAAUCUAGAAACUUUUCGUAAUGCAAUAGAGACUUAAUAAAAUAUGUUAUUUGAAUUGUACUUAAUAUAUUUUAUUCAGAUUAUUAAAUCGAAGUAAAGGUUAAAGACCAACUUGCACAGAUCUCUAAAAAUAAUUUUAUAGAAAAAUUUUGGAGAAAAAUAUUGAAAAAGAUAUCAAAGGAAUAGAAUAAAAUGAUCUUAAAAUAUUGAAAAAAACAUAUGAUGAAUUAAAUAAGCAAUUAAAAGAUUAAUAAGCUGAUGUUGAAGAGAAAUUAUAAUUAUACUCUUUUAAUGAAGAAUCUCGUAGUCCAGAGGAAGUCGAUUCUAGAAGAGCUACAUAAUUUUUAAAUAUUAGGUCUAGAAGAAAUAGUGGGAAACAUUAAAGGAAUCCAUCUUAAAAAUGA